AAUCUCUGAAACAAUCUCCUCUCUUCUUACUUCUAAUUCCUUUGAAUCAAAGGAACACGCAACUAUAUAUCACGCUUGUAUAUUUUCUUUUCUUAUUAAUAUAUAUAUAUAUGUGUGUGUGUGUAUAUAUUAUAUUUCUCUAUAUAUCUUAAUCAUAAUUUCUAACGAACUCUUUCAUCAGAGUUUGAUGAGCAGCAUCACCAUUUUCAACCAUCCGAUUUUCAUGUCUACCACUUUGACAUGUCGCCGGCUUUGAUCACCCAACAACACUCCAACGGUCAGAUUUCUCAUCCUUUUUUCUUCAAUUUCUCUGGAUUUUCUCGGGAAAAUCAAUCGGACCAGCAUCCGGCCUCGUCGCACGCAAUGAACCCGUCGAAUGCCGGCGAUAUGGCUUCUGGGUUUUCGAGCUCUAACGACAACAAAUCAGAUUUCAGGUUCGAGACUCCGCCGGUUCCUCGAUCUGGGUCCGGUCUCACGAGGCCGAGGUUUGUGAAGGUGAGGAAAGGGCCGAGUUCGCAGAAUUCGAGAUCUUCGGAGAUUCCCAAAUUCCAGGUUGAUCUUGGAUACAAUCCCUUUCGGCCCGUUUCGGAGAAUUCGUUCGGGUCCGAAACGGGGAGACCGGUUUCUGGUGAUUUUGGGUUUGGGAAGAGUACUGGCAGUGAGGGAUUUUUCUUUGGAGCGAGUAGAAAUGAUUCAAGUGAAAGUGUUGCAAAAGGGGUUGUUGAGGAAUUGAAGAACUUGAAAAUUGGGAGUAAUACGAGUGAGUUUGCGACUGCAAAAGACGACAUUUUUAGUCCAAAUUCAAGUGCUAUGGCGAGUUCAGCUCAAGCUAAAGGUCGGUUUUUUGCAUUUGGAAGUGAAAGCAUUAUGUCUAAGCUUCCGGAAGAUAUGAAAAAGUUGAAUAUUGAAGGUGGUAUUGGGAGUAGGGAAAACUUGAGCAAAAAGGACAUGGAUGAAAUCUCCAAGCUUCCUGAAGAUUUAAGGAAGUUGAAUAUUGAAGAUCCCGGGAAUGAGAAAGAGACUGAGAGGUUUAAGAGUGGAGGGAUUAAUUUAAGUGCAAAUGCGAAUGUUGAGUUUGGAUUUGGGAGUUCUGACAAUGUGGGUGGUUCUGUCUGCGAAAACAUGGAGUCAGAACUGCCAAGUGAGCUGAGUAAGAAGUUGAAUAUUAAAGAAACUAAGCAGGUUCAUGGAAGUAGUGGUGUCAACUUUAACGCUGAUGAUGUGAACAAGUUUGAAUUUGGAAGAAGCUUUGCAACUACACUUCCUGAUCAGAUCAAGAAUCUAAACAUAAAGGAUGACAGAGAGAAACCCGCCUCAAACAUGGAGGAGAAUAGAGGAAGCAGGAAAGGGGACACUUUUCUUCAAUCAGAUGUGGGAACAGCUUCUUCCAAUGCAUUUGCAAAGGAAAUGCCAACUGGGUAUUUCGGUAACAAUGUGUUUGACAAUCCGGAUAAAGUUACUUCAGACGAAAAGAAAGAUGAUGCCAAAAUCAGUGGAGUAGAUGAGAAUGAUGAAAAGAGGUGUGAUGAAUUUAUCUUUACGAGCAAACAGGAUUCUUUUGCGACACCCUCUUUCGGGUUCAAGACAACAACAAAAACAAGUCUAUUUUCUGGUUUAAAUGAGAAGGUGGAAUUUCAUGCAACGAGGGAAUCAUUUAGGGAUGGAGGAAUGAAGAAAAAGAGCGGCACUGGGAAAUCAAGACGUCCUACCACAGUCCAGCUGUGGCUUGGCCAAGAUUUUGUUUCUACAGAAAGCAGUUUCCAGGAAAGCCCCGAAGCAUCCGACUCCUAUUCACCUAUGGAUGUUUCUCCUUAUCAGGAGACAUUGGCUGACAAUCGAUAUUCUAGAGAAAACUCUGUGACAUCUGAUGGCUCUUUCAGUCUUGACAACUAUCCGAGAACUGAUUCACCACCAAAACCAGAAACCAAUGCAAUCGAUGAAGAUUUGGCCGCGGCAACCGUACGAAUGGAUAUAAACAAUGUCAUUAAUGUAAUAAAAGAGGAAGACAUUGACAAUAAUAUUAGUGCUGAAGGUGGUCUUGAAGAAUCUGUUUCUGGGGCUGAAACUGAAAGCUUUAAAUCUGCAACUGAGGAGGUGGACUUUAUUAGUGAUAACACUGUUAUAGAGACUGAAGCUAGUUCAAGCUCAAAUGUUGAUGGGCAUGACACUGAUGGCAGAGCAAAAUUUGGAUUUGCUUCAAGUGCAGAAGAUUUAGGUGGGUCUAACUUCACCUUUUCUGCCUCUUCUGCCGCUCAAGGCCAAUUACCUGUGUCAAAACGCCUCCUGAAAAAGAAGAACUGGCUCAAAGUUGGCCAUGAUACAAACAAUGUAAUUCCGAAUUCUAAAAUAUCUUAUGCAUCAUCCUCUUCACAGUUUAUUCCAUUUUCUGGAGCUUCACUGCUUUCGUCUCCGGGACGGGGCCAGAAAGGAGAUCCAUCUAGUCUGCAAAGCAGAAUUAGAGAUAGUUCUGAGGUGGGUAAAACUCAGGUUGUUAAUCAAGGGUCUGAUUCUACUUCUGCAGCAACUGUUGCAGCUCAGGAAGCUUGUGAGAAGUGGCGGCUAAGAGGAAACCAAGCAUAUGCAACUGGAGAUCUGUCUAAAGCUGAGGAUUGUUACACACAAGGGAUAAGUUGUGUUUCUAGGAGCGAGACAUCUAGGAGCUGUCUUAGGGCAUUGAUGCUCUGCUAUAGCAACCGCGCAGCGACUCGUAUAUCUCUUGGACAGAUGAGAGAUGCACUUGGAGAUUGUAUGAUGGCUGCUGAAAUAGAUCCCAACUUUCUCAGGGUGCAAGUCAGAGCUGCCAAUUGUUAUCUUGCCAUUGGGGAAGUUGAAGAUGCAUCACGGCAUUUCAGGAGGUGCUUACAGGCGGAAAGUGAUGUAUGUGUAGACCGAAAAAUUGCAGUAGAGGCUUCUGAUGGCUUACAGAAGGCGCAGAUAGUGUCUGAAUGCAUGAAUCGUUCUGCUGAAAUUUUGCAAAAGAAAACAUCUAGUGAUGUGGAGAGUGCUUUGGAAUUUAUUGCUGAGGCCCUGACAAUAAGCCCAUGCUCUGAACAAUUACUUGAAAUGAAAGCUGAGGCUCUUUUCUUGAUGCGAAGGUAUGAAGAGGUGAUUGAAUUGUGCGAGCAGACCCUUGGUUCUGCUGAAAGAAACUCUUAUCCGAUUGAUGCUUCUGACCAGUCGUCUAAUCUGGAUGGUUCCAAGCAUUCUAAGUACUGUUAUUUCCGGAUGUGGCGUUGCCGUAUUACUUUGAAAUCACAUUUCCAUCUAGGAAGGCUUGAGGAUGGUUUGUCUUUAUUAGAGAAACAAGAGGAAAAGCUUUCUGCCACAUAUAGGAAUGAGAGCAAAAUACUUGAAUCAUCACUGCCCCUAGCCAUCACUGUACGUGAGCUCUUACGUCAUAAGGCUGCAGGGAAUGAAGCAUUUCAGGCUGGAAGGCAUACUGAAGCCGUUGAAUGUUAUACUGCUGCUCUGUCAUGCAAUGUUGAGUCGCGUCCUUUUGCGGCUGUUUGUUUUUGCAAUCGCGCUGCCGCAUAUAAAGCAUUGGGUCAGAUCAGUGAUGCUAUUGCGGAUUGCAGCUUAGCUAUAGCUCUUGACAGAAAUUACUUGAAGGCUAUUUCUAGAAGAGCCACUUUAUAUGAGAUGAUCAGAGAUUACGGACAAGCAGCUCGAGAUAUUGAGAGACUUGUGUCUCUUAUCACUAAACAAGUAGAGGACAAAACCCAUCACGUAGGAGCAUCUGAUAGAUCCACUAGCAGCACAAAUGAUUUGAGACAGGCUCGUUUGCGGCUUUCUGAAAUAGAGGAAGAAGCCAGAAAAGAUAUUCCCUUGGACAUGUACCUCAUCUUGGGAGUUGAUCCAUCUGUUUCGACAUCAGAAAUUAAGAAGGCCUAUCGGAAAGCUGCACUUAAGCAUCAUCCUGACAAGGCUGGUCAAUUCUUGGCAAGAAGUGAGAAUGGUGAUGAUGGGCUUUGGAAGGAGAUAGCAGAAGAAGUCUACAAAGAUGCCGACAGACUAUUUAAAAUGAUUGGAGAGGCAUAUGCAGUUCUUUCAGAUCCUACCAAGCGUGCUCGGUAUGACGCUGAAGAGGAGAUGAGGAAUGCGCAAAAGAAACGAAAUGGAAGCAGCACAUCUAGAGCACAAACAGAUGUCCAAAAUUACCCGUUUGAAAGAAGUGGAAGUAGGCGACAAUGGAGAGAUGUUUGGAGAUCGUAUGGUACCUCGACAUCGGCAUGGCCGGAAUCCACUCGAUCAACUAGGUACUCAUGACAACCUUGUUCGGACAUGUCUUGGUUUUUCGAACGUUAGAAAAAAGUUUUAGAAGGGGUCUAGCCACAAGAUGGAUCAUUUUACAUUGCCGCGUAGACAAUGUUCAGUUUAAAGGUCGAACAGAUGCAGAAACUUCCAGCAUAUGAAAAGUGAUUACCCCCACAAAAGAGAAUUACAUUAAGAAGGGAAAGGAAAAACGAAGAGAUUUUUCCUCAAAAGUUAAAGGUGGUUAGAAGCUUGGAUGAUAUCAUGAUUUGAGUGAUUGAAUAAGCUUGGUUUGUGGAAAGAGAAGGUGUUCUCUGUAGCAAAAGAUGCCUUGUAAAUCAUCCAGUAUUGUGUACAGAAGAGAUGAAAUAUAACCAUAACAGGCAGAUGAGUAACCUUAGAAUGAGAAAUUAACUGGCUUGGGCAGUCUGCUAAUCUGGUUAGAAGAAGAAAGCAAUGAAAUUGGAGAAGGGAUUUUGUGUGUUUCUUUUUUUUCUCUUUUUCUUCUUUUUUGAUAUUUUCCUUAUUGAAUUUUUUAUGGAAAGAAUGUAGAUAAAUUAUGAGGUGAGAGCUUUUUUAUUGUAUAGGUUAUAGUUGUGUGUUUUCUUUCUAAUUAUAUGUCCAC